CUCAGUCUAGACUCGUCUACGCUCUGCAGGCUCACUUCGUCUCCCCUCGCUCUGCGCCGAGCGGUGACCGUCGAUCCAUCCCAGCCCAGCUCAGCUCAUCCUCGAUCGACGUACGCUGAUCUACAGCUGGAGGAAAACUGGAUUAACUAGCACGAGAAAGUGAAAUAUGUCUGCCCUGUUCAAUUUUCAUUCUUUUCUCACAGUAGUGCUCUUAGGAAUCUGUGCAUGCACAUAUCUGAAGAUGCAGUUUCCAGCAAUUCUUGAGCAGCGAACUGGGUUUCGUGGAUUCUUCUGGAAGGCAGCUAGGAUAGGUGAACGCUUGAGCCCUUGGGUUGCAGUGGGAUGCUUGACAAUGGGCGUUUCGAUCUUCUUCUGAGACACUGUUAUACUCUCUGGAACUUUUUGUUAUGAAAGUGUUUCCGUGUUGCCAAAAGUUUGAUACUGCGGAGUUCAGAUAAUCAACCAAUGUCCAAAGUCCAAUCUAUUCAGUUUUCUUACUGGAUUGGUUCUGAUUGCGUCCGAGGCUAACUUCUGGCCGGUAAAUCACUCCCAUAAAUCAGGAUUCUUUUUCAGCUAGACGUUGCUAAUUCAAAUCUUUAUUAUCAAGAAAGUUAUUGUUUGUUUUUCUUGAGUGUUAUUUGACUCGAUUGCAAUGUAGUAUUUGUUCAUAUUAUUCUCAAUCUAAUAACGUAGAAUAAGCCAAUGCAUCUGCCUCCGCUGAGACUCGAAUCUGAAAAGUCUUAUGUUAUUAUAAUAAAAAUAAGUACUCCCUCCGUCCCAGAGUAUUUGUCCACUUUCAUUUUUACACACCAUCCAAUGCACUUCUUUAAUCCAUUUUAUCUUGUAAUUUGUAUAUUAAAAAAUUAUAGAAAUUAUAUAUUAAUAAUCUAUAUGUUAAGACAAAUCAAACAAGAUCACACAUGACUAUAUUUAGGCUUACACAUUGAGAGAAUUUGAUGAGUCAAAGUGCUUAGAUGAACAGUUCCAAAAGUCAAAAGUGGACAAAAAUUGGGGGACGGACGGAGUAAUAAGGUGAGAAAAUGAAU